ACCUUCAAGCUUCAACACACACCACAAACUACUCAAAUAUGAAAUCCAUUACCAAAUUCUCCAACUCCACACUCCUUCUCACCCUCCUCCUCAUCACCACCACCUACGCGGCCAACAUCGAAAUCCGCAAUGAAUGUCCUUACACCGUUUGGGCGGCAGCCUCGCCAGGCGGAGGCCGGCAACUAAACACCAACCAAGUAUGGAACCUAAACGUGCCCGCGGGGACGGUAAUGGCACGCGUUUGGGGUAGAACAAAUUGCAAUUUUGAUGGGAGCGGUAGGGGGAGAUGCCAAACAGGUGAUUGUGGAGGAGUACUAAAUUGCCAAGGAUGGGGUCAACCUCCAAACACACUAGCAGAAUAUGCACUAAACCAAUUUGGGAACCAAGAUUUCUAUGACAUAUCACUUGUUGAUGGGUUCAACAUUCCAAUGGAAUUCAGUGCAACUAAUGGUGGGUGCAAGAGGAUUAGAUGCACUGCUGACAUAAAUGGACAGUGCCCUGCCCAAUUGAGGGCUCCUGGUGGGUGUAACAACCCUUGCACAGUUUUCAAGACUAAUGAGUAUUGCUGUACUCAAGGCCAAGGGACUUGUGGACCCACAAAUUUCUCAAGGUUUUUCAAGGACAGAUGUCGUGAUGCUUAUAGUUAUCCCCAAGAUGACCCUACAAGCACAUUUACAUGCCCUGCUGGGACUAAUUAUAGGGUCAUUUUCUGCCCUAGAGGAGGGUCUUCUAAGCCAUAUGACAAUUUUCCCUUGGAGAUGGUUGGAGAAAUUGUGUAAAAAAAAAGCUACGACCUACUUUCAUUUAUGUUGUCCUGUAUAAGUAGAAACAUGUAGAUGGUGUUACUACUUGUGUGUGUGUGUGAUCUGUACCAGGAAGUGUAUUGAAAUAAAGGACACUAUAAGUUAUCUGAGUUUUUAUUAUUAA